UUAUGAGUAAUAAUUUGUUCAACGUUCUCAACUUCUCCGAUACUGAAGAAGCUCCCUAAUAAUCACAAAAAAAGAAUAAAAAAAACAACAAUUAGGAGUAGGUUAUCCCUGCUGAAUAAGUAGUAAAAGAAAAUACUCAACACCACAAUCCUGCUCCAAAGACUAAGGGAGUUGUUGCUGAGCCACAUCCUAAAGACAGACAAUCUGGUACUGGAAGAGGCAAAGAAUAACGAAAAGAAGGAGGAGGUAGAAAUAAUUGGGGCAAUUACAAAGAUGACUAGAAGGAGGAAAAAUAUGUAGCAAAAGAAAAAAACACAGUAGAUGCCCCAUAAGAAGGCAAAACUGGGUAGACAACUCAGCCAGUUUAACCACCAGCCCCAGAAAAGACUCUUGCUGAUUAUUACUAAUAAAGAGGCGCUGUAUCAAUUUAAAUAUUAUAUUCAGAAUGUUGAUGAAGUAUUAAAAUAGGUUGAAGUUAAAUAAUAAGCUCCAAAGAAAAUUGAUGAAGAAGCUUUGAAGAAGGAAAAACUCUUUGUUGUUAAAACAAGAGAAGAUGAAAAAAGAGAACAAGAUUAAAAGUAAAAAAAAACAAGAUAAUAAUAAUAAACAUACAGAACUGAAUUGAAUACAUAAGCUGCUGAGUACUUGGGAUUUACUAAUUAACCUUAAGAAAAGAAUGAAAGAAGAGGUUAAAGAAGAUAAUAUGAACAACCAUAAUAAUAAUAAGAAGGUGAAGAGUAAGGAUAAAGAGGAGAAAGAUAAGAUGAAUAAUAAAAUUAAGGAUAAUAAAAAGGAGAAAGAUAAGAUAGAGGAGAAAAACAAUAUAGAGGAGAAAAAUAAUAUAGAGGAGAAAAAUAAUAUAGAGGUGAUAGAUAAGACAGAGGAGAUAGAUAAGAUAGAGGAGACAGAUAAGAUAGAGGAGACAGAUAAGACAGAGGAAAUAGAUAAGACAGAGGAGAUAGAUAAGACAGAGGAGAAAAUUAAGAAAGAGGAGACAAUCAAGAAGGAAGAGAAAGAUAAGAUAGAGGAGACAGAUAAUAUAAAGGAGAUAGAUAAUAUAAGGGAGAUAGAUAAUACAAAGGAGACAAUAACAAUAGAGAUUAAGAAAGGGGUGAAAAAAAUAGAAGAGGAGGUGAUAGAUAAGAAAAGAAACCAUAAUAAAGAUAAUAAGUAAAUUUCAAAUAUUACUUGAGUAGGAAAAAGGAAUCCAAUUGGAUGAGAAAGAUUUCCCAGCUCUAUGAAUGU